GUCGUUAUCGUUCGAUUUUCAGCUUAAAACGGUGUUAUUGUUAUGAUUCAACUCAAAUGCUUCAUUCCAUCGUCGUUAUCGUUUGAUUUUGAGCUUGAAACGGUAUUAUUGUUAUGAUUCAACUCAAACGCUUCAUCCCAUCGUCAUUUUCGUUUGAUUUUGAGCUUGAAAGUGUAUUGUUAUUUUCAUUAUGAUCAUGAUUCAACUCCAAUGCUUCAACACGACUGUAUUUGGUUGAUUUCGUAUCUGAUUGAUUCGAUUAGAUCCAAUUGGUUUCAUGUCGUUGGAAUUGAUUGGUGAACCGUUGAAAUCAUUGGUGGAGAUUGGGGAUUUUUGAUGGGGAAUGUGAAGGAUGAUGGAAAGAAGAUGGAUCCAUUGUUUCCAAGGCUUCAUAUCACUGAAACAGAUAAAGGAGGUCCAAGAACACCUCCAAGAAACAAAAUGGCUAUUUCUCAUCAGCUGAAUGUACCAUCUCAAAGAUGUCUUACUGGAUCAGUAUCACCUAUCUUACCUCUUUCCAACAACAAUGGAAGUAGUUUGGUGCCUGCAAAUUCUUCUUAUCAUGUGAGUUUUCUACUUCUUUUUCCCAUUUUUUUAGAUGCAAGCUACAAACGAAGUGUGUUUUCCUCAUUUGGAAGCUCAUGUGGAUCGACAAGAUUGGCUACGAGACUUGAUUCUUAUCACUCGAGCGGGAUCAAUUUGAAUAUCUCGCUAACGACCGUCAAACAGACAAUAGAAACCACCAAUUGUCAAACUUUAUGCAAUGGCGGACAUCUGAAACGCGGGGAUUAUUGCUUGUUUAAACCUCAAGAUUUUAAAAGUACGAACAGUCCGGUCAAGAAGCCGGAAGACGAGGACGAUUACUUGGUUCCGAGUUUGUCAUUCGGGAAUGGUCAAUAUAGAGGGAAGUUCCCUACAUUGACCACAAACCCGCAUAUCAAACAUCCGACAAUAAAACCGACCGAUAAAGGCGUCGCCCAAGACAACAAACUAAACGCUACAACUGUAUCUAAAGAACCUGUGUCGUAUUAUUCUGAUAGACUCCGGUUCUCGGAAAUGUUAAGUGGAGAACUCGCUCCUUUGAGUCCAAGAAAGACGAGUAUCUUGGUGGACGAACUACAAAUGUUGCAGGAUUCUAGCAUUAGGUUGCCAUUGAAGAGAAAAAGCUUUCAAGAAACCGAAAAAGACGGGAUUUUGGGAGAGCCCGAGUUGGGCGCUAGAAAACCGACCGAUCCUAAAUGGACUUUGUUGGGAGACGAUCGUAAAACCGAUCAUGAAGUUCUUGAUCCUACCGGUAAAUGCAAACAAGACGACCAUGGCUGUUUACAGCUCGGCGAUUUGGGAAAAAACAGUGAUAUCUCGGAGACGAACUUUAUAUUGUGUCAUAAUAUAACCCCAAAAGAAGUCUCGCAGAUCAUCGGUCAAGAACAGUAUUGCAAAGCAAGAAGAACUAUAGUUCAACAACAGAAAGUUUUCCAAUCGCAACUCUUCGAGCUGCAUAGACUCAUCAAGGUGCAGAAAUUACUUGCAGAAUCACCUGAGCUUCUUCAAGAAGACAACUUCUACAAAUUAAAAAAGCUGCCAUCUUCUGAUGACAUUUUCCCAAAUCUUGAUCAUCAUCACAGAAAUGAAACCUCACUUGCUUUCCCAAUUGAAACCACACUCACAAAACCCCUUCAUUUCAACACCCCAAAUCCAAUAGAACUUCCAUCACCACCACCACCACCACCAUCCACCGCCACCAAACAACCACCGUGGUGCUUCCUCCCUCCACCGGGAAACCAAUGGUUAGUUCCGGUGAGAUCACCAUCUGAAGGACUCGUCUACAAACCCUACACCGGACCUUACCCACCACCAGUUGGUCUCAUGGCACCAAUCUACGCGGGAGAAUUCAUCACCGGCGGUUAUAACCUUCCGGCAUCAUACCCACAAGGAAUUGGUGUAUUUCCAACCACCACCCAACUGUACGGUUCACCGACGGUAACAAAAGGAUCGUCUUCUCCGACGAUGGAAGAUGGAUUAAUGAAAUACAAUAAUAAAGCGAUAAAAAGCUCGUGUAAUAUAGAAAGUGAAAUGCAGGGAAGUAAAGGAGGAGAUCAUGAGCUUCCAUUGUUUCCGACGACACCGACGGUUCAAGAUUCCGAUCAAUGUACAGAGAUGGAAAAAGGGUAUGAUGAAAACAGGAUAAAGGUGAUAAAAGUUGUACCACAUAACCCUAAAUUGGCAUCUGAAUCAGCUGCUCGUAUAUUCCAGUUCAUACAAGAAGAAAGGAAACAGUAUGAUUAGAGAAUGUAAAUUAGAU